AUGAAGAGAUUCAACAAUGGCUUUUUUCACUUUGUGUUUUUUCUUAUUUGUCAUCCUUUUCUUCUGGGUUCAGGGCUUUGCAUGGAUCCUUUCUCCUACGUUCAGUCUCUUAAACCAGAGUGCCUCAUGGAGCCUCCACAAACUAACAAUACUGGAGAAGAAUUGAAGAUCAACGAAAACCGAGGAAACCAAAUAGUAAUAGAGAGGGUUGAUAUUCAGAAAGGGAACAUAUACAGCAUCUCUGCUUGGGUAAAGUUGAGAAAUGUCAGUGAAAGAAGAGUCAGAGUAACUUUGAGGGGCAAGAAUGUCAGAUACAUUGAUGGAGGCCAAGUUAUGGCGAAAAAUGGAUGCUGGUCUUUGCUUAAAGGCGGUUUUAUCGUCGAUGUCUCAGUCCCAUUCGACAUUUUCUUCAAGAGCGAUGGCUUAGCAGCCGCAGAGAUAUCUGUACAAAAUGUGAGGCUGAAACGGUUCAGCAAAACUCAGUGGAGGUUACAACAAGACCAAGUCGUUGAAAAGAUUCGGAAGAACAAAGUGAGAUUUCAAGUAAGUUUUCAGAACAAAAGUGCAGUAAAAGGAUCAGUGAUUUCCAUAAAACAGAACAAACCAUCUUUCCUUUUUGGUUGUGCUAUGAACUACCGAAUCUUGGAAAGUGACAGCUAUAGAGAAUGGUUUGUGUCGCGGUUUAGACUAACUUCCUUCACCAAUGAAAUGAAAUGGUAUACAAAUGAGGCAGUGAGAGGCCAAGAGAACUACACAUUGGCUGAUACAAUGAUGAAGAUUGCAGAGGAAAACGAGAUUCUAGUCAAAGGGCAUACGGUCUUGUGGGACGAUAAAAAUUGGCAGCCAAGUUGGGUUAAGGCGAUAACGGAUCCUGAAGAUCUGAAGAACGUGACUCAUAACAGGAUCAACUCGGUUAUGAAGAGAUAUAAAGGGAGAUUAAUUGGAUGGGAUGUGAUGAAUGAGAAUGUACAUUUCACCUACUUUGAGGAAAUGCUUGGGAAAAACGCUUCAGCUAUUGUCUUCUCUUUGGCAUCCAAGCUUGAACCUGACAUUCCGUUGUUCCUGAACGAGUUCAACACGGUAGAGUAUGCUAGAGAAAGAGUUGGGAGCCCGAUUAACGUCAAGAAUAGGAUGGAAGAGAUUGUUUCAUACCCAGGAAACAUGAAUAUCAAAGGUGGAAUUGGAGCACAAGCUCACUUUACUCCAAAUCAGCCCAACUUGGCUUACAUGAGAUCCGCAUUAGAUAUGUUAGGCUCUUUGGGUUUUCCGGUUUGGCUUACAGAGGUUGAUAUGCCCAAGUGCCCGGAUCAGGUUAAAUACAUGGAGGAGAUUCUGAGGGAAGCUUACUCGCAUCCUGCAGUCACAGGCAUAAUCAUAUAUGCGGGACCUGAGAUGUCCGGUUUCAACAAGCUAACUCUUGCCGACAAAGAUUUCAACAACACAGAAGCAGGGGAUCUCAUUGACAAGUUACUCCGAGAGUGGCAACAAGAACCUGCAGAGAUUCCUAUCCAAAGCCAUGAACAUAAUGACGAACAAGGAGAUCGAAUAAUCGGGUUUUCUCCAGAGAUUUCCUUACUGCAUGGAAAUUACACAGUGACUGUAACUAAUCCAUGGAUGAAGCACUUGUCUACAAACUUCAGCUUCGAGGUAACUAAGGAGAUGGGUCCUCUUCAACUGGUUCAAGUUAAAAUUGAUUCUUAA